AUGAUUAUAGAGAAGUUGAAAGCGCAAGUCGAGGAUUCAGUUCUAUUCACAGAAUGCCGCAGUCGGUAUACAGACAAGUGGCAAGUAGCACGCACAGAACAGCACAUACAAACAAUUGAAGAGACUGAAGUCGUAUCCACUGAGGUUCUAGAGUACUACAAGCUAAGGACAGAUCACGAGCAGAGAGUUCAUGCGGAAAUGGAGCUGCUCAUUAAUAUUAUUCUUAACGAGACCCUUGAAAGAAUCGAAGAUUGGAUGAGGAAAUAUGACGAAGAUAUGGAAAAGGUGGAUUUAAAGAUACGAGUAAAGAGAACUGAUUUUCAAAAUAUGCGAGACAAAAGACUUGGACUAGAAAAAACUUUUGAAGACCACGACAAAGUUAUGAAGGAUUGGUGUACCUUCAAAGAGAUCCGCGAGCAACAACGGUUGUAUCGUGAGAAGAUGAAUAAGUCGGCAAUCAUGGUUCAAGCAUGGUGGCGGGGAUUACUUGUACGACGCAAACUUGGUCCGUUCCGAGUAGGCAAACGUGGUCGUAAAAAAAAGAAAUAA